UCAAGCGGGCUGUUAGUUUCGUGGGACGAACCACGUGUGAUGAAUUGAUUGAUUUUCAUUUAGACUGCGAUGACUGUGGUGACGUCCACCUGGGUGACUGCCCAGUUCAUGGACCUCUCAAGUAUAUUAAAGAUAAACCGGUGCCCAUGGGUACGCCCUGUCGGGCGGAUCUGACCUUUCCUGAGGGCCUCGUUCUGGGCAGGUCGUCCAUCCCCGGAGCACAGCGUGGUGUCUACACCAUGGUGGGGCUUCCCAAACGCACGUGCUUCGGACCAUUUGAGGGCGUUGUCGUCGCGGAUACCAGCAAAGGUACCAGUUACACGUGGGAGAUCUGCAGUCGUGGCCGGCGCUACCUAGUGGACGCUCGCCCUCUGUCGCUGUCCAACUGGAUGCGUUACGUCAACUGCGCCAAUUCGGAGGCGGAACAGAACCUGGUAGCCUUCCAGUACAAGGGUUCCAUCUACUACAGGACCUACAAGAACGCCUCACCAGGAACGGAGCUGCUCGUGUGGUGCGGAACGGAGUUUGCCAGGGAACUGGGAAUCGUCACUUCCAGGUCUCAAGGUGAAGUCAACGAAGAAGACAACGGUAACAAAGAGGGAUGCAGGGGAAGUGUCUUCAAGUGCACCCUGUGUGGCAGUUUGUUUGCGUCCGAAGAGUACCUCAACAGGCACAACACGGCCAAGCACCCUAGCAAGGGAAUAAAGCAUCGGUGUACUUUCUGUGACUACUCCAGCGAUAAGACAAACAACGUUAAAGCACACGAGAGAACGCACACGGGAGAAAAACCCUACGUGUGUCCACUGUGCUGCAAGGGAUUCGCGCAGAAGGGCAACAUGGAAACCCAUUGGAAGAAACUACACGCGAGAGAGAGGGAAUACGAAUGUUCCACCUGCGGCCGUGCGUUCGCGCAAAAGGUCCACCUGCAGAACCACGAAAAAGUGCACACUCGCGAGAGACCCUACGUAUGCGGGCAUUGCGACAAGACCUUCACAGUGAGGGGCAACCUAACCAGGCACCUUCGCAUCCACGCGGGAAAAAUGUUCUACCAGUGCGAUCGUUGCGGAUAUGGCUUCGCCGAUCACAGCGCUCUCAAGAGGCACACGGUGAGUGUCCACACCAAGGACUUCCCACACAGGUGUGGAUCGUGUCGCCAGGGGUUUCGUUGUCCGGCCGAGCUCAGGAAGCACAUGCAGAAGAGACAUCCUUUCUUGUGAAGAACGACUUCCUUUCAGAAUGUAUUACUCGUAUCGGUUCAAUUUGUAAUGCCAGGUGAGACUCUUAAUAGGAUCCACCUUUAUUUAGGGUUUGCUGAAAUAAAUCCUGUUUCGAGCA